AUCCCAAUAAAAGGGACGACGGACGUGCAAUUUUUCCAGCUCUUGAGAUAAGCCAGGUAAACUGAGAUCCCCGCAGCUCCCAGGUGCACAACAAUGUGAUGAGACAUUUAUUGACGAUUUCCCGACAAUACACACAUAGAGUGGCCGUUUAUCGCUAGGUGAAAGAAAUAUUUCGCGAUAACGUUUCUUUUUUUUCGAUACUGAUAACAACCAACAAUUGAGUGAUUUAGUCACUGUUUUGACCUGAAAGUGUGUGGAUCGUGCGGAAUAUUUUUCAUUUAGGCCCUAGGAUAAUACAUUCUUCUUAGAAAGAUGCUGCAGGGAGAUAGUGUGAGGAACCUGGACAGUGAGAACUACAUUUCUCAGCAAACCCGAGCAGAGCCAAUUUUGUAUCGAGAGGAUCAGGGCAUUAUUACAGCUCAGCCAAGACCACCUCAAUCAACAAAUGCCCAACCAUUAUCCAUAUCAACCCUACAAGUGGGCGAAACCACUAUCGGGAGUCCUGUAGUGCCUUUCAUCCAUCGAAGUGGAGUAGAUAUGCUUCGAGCACAGCCCUCAAUUCACAUUCAGCAGACUUUUGAACUGACAGACAACCUCUCUUCUGUAUCCUCUGAGAACCGAUACACGGUCCGAGCUGGUACAGGAGAGGCCCUCUUUUACGCUUCAGAGACUUCCUCAAAGAACAACCGUCUGAUCUGGGGAUCCUCCCGACCUUUUUCCAUGCAUUUGACCGAUAAGACAAACCAGGAGUCGCUCACAUUGCACCGGUCAAUGGGUGUAGGUCCUUUCUGCUGCACUUGUGUUGGGCAGAGCCUUCAAGUGUGGACUCCCCCUGGAAACCUACUGGGAUAUGUUGAGGAGGGAUAUUCCUUCACAACUUGUGAUUUUGUCGUGCUAAGCAGCUACAAAGAGAUUAUGUAUCACAUCUGUGGACCCAAAUCCUACACAGGAUAUCUUCCCAAGGAAUCGUCCUUCAGAAUGCUCAGCCCAGACUAUCUGACGCAAGUUGGAACGAUUUCUAGGUCAUGGAACUCUGAUGUAUCCAUGUAUACCCUCAAUGUCUACUUCGCAGAUCAGGAUCUUGAUGUGAAAAAGAAGGCUCUCUUCCUAGGAGCAGCGUUCCUCAUUGAAUACAUGUACUUCCAAGGCGGUUGCUGCAGUUGCUGCUACAAGUGAUUCCCGCCAAAAAGCUAAAAGCAUGCGCAUGUCCGUUAUUUCUUUUACUCUCUUUUGAAUUCAAUAAAGUUGGGAUAAAGCUC